CUGGUAACAGUGACAAGCUGGCGGGAGCCAAUGGCGUUCCAGCAGCGGGGCGGGCUGCAGCGACGAGUCAGGUGCUCUGCGCUGAGGCUGCGUGCAGGUGAGCGAACAGGAUCCUACAGUGCCCCUUGUUUCUGCCUCCUCUUGGUCCCAAACGUUCCAGGACAGAUCUGUCUCAGCGCGGAUUACCUUAUGCUGAGCUGAUCAAGGUCUUGAAAAAUGAUUCCAGAGUUUCUCCUUGCGUCUUGCACACUGGCUACUCUAUGCCAUUCGGCUCCGUUUUCUCUACAGCCAGAAGAGCAGAAAGUUCUGGUAGUUUCUUUUGAUGGAUUCCGCUGGGAUUACUUAUAUAAAGUUCCAACCCCUCAUUUCCAUUAUAUCAUGAAAAAUGGUGUCCAUGUGAACCAAGUCACUAAUGUUUUCAUCACAAAGACCUACCCUAACCAUUACACUUUGGUCACUGGUCUCUUUGCAGAGAAUCAUGGGAUUGUUGCAAAUGACAUGUUCGACCCUAUUCUGAACAAGUCCUUCUCCUUGGAGCACAUGGAUAUUUAUGAUUCUAAGUUUUGGGAAGAAGCCACACCAAUAUGGAUCACAAACCAGAGGGCAGGGCAUGCUAGUGGCGCGGCCAUGUGGCCCGGAGCAGAUGUGAAGAUCCACGAUAGUUUCCCGACCUAUUAUCUACCUUACAAUGAGUCUGUUUCCUUUGAAGACAGAGUUGCCAAAAUCAUUGAGUGGUUUACAGCCAAAGAUCCCAUCAAUCUCGGUUUCCUCUACUGGGAAGAACCCGAUGACACGGGCCAUGAUGUGGGACCUGACAGUCCUCUCAUGGGGUCUGUUAUUUCUGAUGUUGACCACAAGUUAGGGUAUCUGAUAAAGAUGCUGAAAAGGGCAAAGUUGUGGAAUAAUGUUAACCUCAUCGUCACGAGCGACCAUGGGAUGACCCAGUGCUCUAAGCAAAGGGUGAUAGAACUUGACCGCUACCUGGACAAAGAGCACUACACCUUGAUUGAUCACUCACCUGUAGCUGCCAUCCUGCCAAAAGAAGGUAAAUUUGAUGAAGUCUAUGAUGCGCUGGCCGGUGCCCAUCCUAAUCUAACGGUCUAUAAAAAGGAGGAGAUACCAGAAAGAUGGCAUUACAAGCACAAUGACAGAGUUCAACCAAUCGUAGCUGUGGCCGAUGAAGGGUGGUAUAUUUUGCAGAAUAAGUCAGAUGAUUUUCUGUGUGAGUAUGUUAUCGUAUUUCUUCCAAUUCUGCACCGUUUCUUGCUAACUUGGAGGCUGUGGAUAAUACAGCAGUUUACUUACUGAUUUUUUUUUAACUCUCUGUUACUUAAACGUUGAAGGAUCUGUGUUGUAUUGGUACUCACCUAGAAAUGCCAUAAAGAUAUACACAGGAGAAACAUACAAGGUUGAGGCUACCGCUUGGUGGCACAUAGACUUGCCUAGCAUGUAAAAGGCCCUGGGCUUGAUCCCCAACCAGGGAAAAGUGUGUAAAAAUGUCUCUUUAGUUACAAUUGAGUUCUUGCCCUGUUUAGUGACUGAAAGCAAAGUAGUUGCAUGACUAUGUACUUGUAGUGUUUCUGUGACUCCUAAUAGCGGAUGUGUACAGCUACAUGCAUUCUGGUUUCUAACCGUUUGUACCCACAAAUAAUCAGUAAAACAGCAUCUGAUCACACCAAGGAAACUGGGAAGGCUGUUUCCUGAGAAUAAUCUCCACCUUCAUUUGUUUGUGAACUCUGUAGGUAGAUGUAUUUAUUACUCAGAAAAGGUCUGCUGCUAUCUGAGGGCAUUUUCUAUUUUCAAGUUAACCAAAAUUUAGGGAGACGCUGUAGGGCGUUUGGUUCUGUGAGCUACAGUUACACUGUGGGCUGGUCACAUUUAUGUUGUUGAUAGAAACAUUCCAGCGAUCCUGUUUCUACUGCUUUCUGCUUCCGUGUUCAAUGGAGAAUUCAACUCUGCCCCCUGUGGUCCUUUUCUGUCAGAAUUCUACAAGUUACUGAGUGCAAAGGCAGGAGUUUUCAAAGUGUGUCCUUUGGUACAUCAGUGUCUAAACCAUCAGGAAACUGUCAGAAAGGCACAUCCUUGAGCCCAACCUAGCUGCACUGAAUUGGACACUGGGUGAACAUGGCCUACUCCUCUGUUUUUACAUAGACCCUAGGAGUCACAUUCCCAACCUAGUCUGAGAACCAUCACCCUUGGACACUUAUUAUUAAAUAUUGUCCACUAGCUCAAAUGGUAAUGGUAACCACUACCAUUAAAAAACAGGGUCCCUGCUCAUUGCGAUUUCCUCUGGACUCUGAUUCUCUGGUCCAUGGCGUGUGAGAGAAUUAUCGUUGCUUGCUCAUAUGACUUAGACGCUAGAUCCUGAGUUCUCACAAAAAUGAACACAACCUAAAUCAACUCUGGAUUACAUAACGGUACGUUUCCCAGUGUAAUUUAUCAACUAAACAGACGAGCACAGCACCCUGUCUGAUGGUUGCUAUUGGCUUAUAAGCCCAGCAAUAUUCAUGCUCGAGUGAACUAAAAGGAAUGGUGGCGUUCAGAAUGGGUUCUGCGGGUGGAGUUGACUCACAGGAAGAUGUCAGAUUGCUUUGGGGAUGACAGAUCAGUGACUUUCAGAGAAGUGAACUUGAGCUUUCCCGUUCUACAUGUGAAUGCUGUUGUGGAUUUCCUUGUAGCAAGCAAGGAUAAAGUAAUCCAGUUGGAGUCACGAGUCAUGCUCCUCAUUAUUCUCCAAUAAAAGCCUGUCAGUUUUCUUAGGUCUCCAUCUUUGCCAUAACCGUGGCCAUGCCUUUGCUCUGACAGCACGCCAGCCAUACAUUCAGCUUUGAAUACGCAGUUUCAAUCCCCCCUUUUUUUUAAUGGAAUCACUGGGAAAUGCCCACCAGAAGACCUCUUCAGGUUUUAUUUGUAGCCACACUAACGCACUGCACCCUCAGCUGGGUCUCCAUCGGAGCCACCAAACUUCUCAGUCCCCCUACGUGUCCUGACCUUUGAGUUUCAGAGUGGGUCAGAGCUGUGACUAAAGGUUUGAUGGCUGUGCUGUCUCGUGUUUGUAUAGUGCUCUUCACUCUCUGCUGGCCAUCAGGGGUUCUACUUUUUGUGACUGAGACUUCCACCACCUUACUUUGGAAUGACAGUUAGACAUUGUAGCUACCCAGGAAGUAUUUGCUAAGAAUCAGCCAGCCACAGGACAAAGCAAAAUCAACCACCUGCCUGCAUCCCCCAGCCUGGCUUGGCUCAGCUUUUCUCUGUUCCCUUCCUUCUCUGUGAUUUAAGGUAGUACAGGCCUGUAAGAAAGACGGGUAUCUAGGUAACAUUUGACUUCUUGAGGUGAUUUGUGGGGCUGACAGCAGCAGAGAUGAUAAGUGAUAACUUCAUUUUUUUAAAAUAAAGUCAAAUUGGAUAACCUUUGCACUUAAGGUCAGAACUUGACCCUACGACAGUUUCUUUCCCUUCUAAUGCCAUCUGGUUGGCUAACUUAUUCAUGCAUUUUCUCUUUACAGUAGGCAACCAUGGUUAUGAUAAUGCAUUAGCAGAAAUGCAUCCAAUAUUUUUAGCCCACGGUCCUGCCUUCAGAAAGAAUUUCACAAAAGAAGCCAUGAACUCCACAGAUCUGUACUCACUGCUCUGCCACCUCCUCAAUCUCACCGCCCUGCCACACAAUGGAUCAUUCUGGAAUGUCCAGGACCUUCUCAGUUCAGCAACUCCCAAGCCAAUUCCUUACACACAGAGUACCACACUCCUCCUUGGGAGUGACAAACCAGGGGAGGAUGAGCAAGAGGAAUCGUACCCUUAUUACAUAGGUGUCUCUCUUGGCAGCAUCAUAGCUAUGGUAUUCUUUGUAGUUCUCAUUAAGCAUUUAAUACGCAGUCAAGUGCAUACUUUACAAUAUAGGCAGGUCGAAGUUGCUCAACCGUUACUCCAAGCUUAGUGCUUCUUUGACAUGGAAUGGCAGAUCAAAGUGGAGGGUCCGAAAUUCUAUCAGCGGUGACCCUUCAGCUUCUCACAAGCUAGUCACAGAUAUCUGCAUAGGCCAUCAAGCAGUUUACCCAUACGCGGGCCCAGUCACAGGUACAUACACGCACACCGACAGAUCGAAACACUCCCUGCCUGCAAAUGAUCAAAGACGUUAAGGGUACCCCUCCACGGCUUUCUCUGGCUUAGUAGGUAGAUGGUGCUCUGUCUGGGGUUGGCACGUACAAUGUACAUACUUAACAACUUUGCACUAUUGAGAGUACCUAAGUGCUAUCCUAGUAGGUACUACUUCUCUGACAUGCACUUUAUAAAUGCAUCUAGUAACUUGAUUGAACAUGAUAUCCUUCUUCAUCUCUGUCACCAAAUACUAGCAUUCCAUGUACAGAGUGAAGGAAGUUUCUAGCAAUUCCCAAAUGAUGUAGAAUUCUUGUCUCCUUAAAUGGAAGGAGGAGGAGGAGGAGGAAGAGGAGGAGGAGGAGGAGGAGGAAGUAAAGGUGUUGAAAGUCAGCAGGACCAAGUUUGUAGCCUGCAUCUGGAUAGAUGCUUUUCCAGCAGCAGGUCGCACUGUGGACAUUUCUAGUUAUGCCCCCCACCCACACCUCAGUGACCAUCGUUUUCAUUUGCUUCUUCCCUCAGCUAGCUUCCAGCACUGAAAGGUGAAUUCUAAAGAUCUUAUCUCUAUACAUUAGUAUUGUUCCCUGUGGAUGAGUCUAGUCCUGACUCCGUGAUGAGGAUGUCAUGCCAUGCACAUGAGUCUUCCUUUCUGUGUAGAAUAGCGGUGGCCUGAAAAGCGGGGGGCCAGACACCAUCUCUGCUGUGUUUUUUUUUUCCUGCCUGUCAUGAUUUGCAUUAUUAAUCAUAUUAAAAAGAUCAAGUGAAAUUUAAAAAAAA